UGCAGUUUACUCACGCCUACUGGAAAUCCUACUGGAUAUCAUUUGGACCCAGCCCAGUGUCCUAAUAUAACGAGCAAACCUGUGGCCACUUCAACAGUCAAGAUGGAGGCACUGUGUUGUGAAUUGGAUGAUGUAACAGUCCAUUAUUUUGAAAUCCUUCAGCAGUUAAGCAUGGUCAAACAAGAUAUGGAAAUUUCUAUGCAACAGGGUUUCAUGAAUCUUUCAAAGGCUCGUAAUGCUAUGGGAAGAGGACAAGUGGGAUCUUUACAAUUUGAUCAAAGCAAAAUGUCUGCUCAAGCAAUGGUAUACCUCAGUCAAGAUCAAGAUGACAAAUCUUACACAGAUUUCCAAGUGGAACAUGAAAAGGAGUUGGAAUUAAAGACUACAAAGAUUGCUCAUUGCUCCGAUGUGAAAAAACCAAGAGAAAUUCCAGAAUUAAAAAGCCAGAAAAAAGUAUCAAGAAAACAUUGCACAGAUCCUUCUACCAGUAAGGAGCAGCAUUUUGUGCAUCAACAAGAUGAAGGAAAGCCUGUGUGUGACCCUCUGCGCUGGUUUGGCAUCUUGGUCCCAUCUAAUCUCAGACAAUGUCAGUCUAAUUUUGUACAAGCCCUCCAUAUCUGCUCGAAGGUUGCCUGUCUCCAAAGUAGACUUGAUUCUGUUAAAUGUGAAUACGCCAGGCUACAGAAAAAGAAGAAACAAGUCAAGGAUGCUUCCACUUCGGACAGUUUGCAAUAACAGUCAUCUUCUUUAUGCUUCAUAAGGUAAUGUUUUAUGUACAUGUACAUGUACAGUAUAAUGUGUACACAAUGUAUCUAAAAACGGGUAACAAGCAACAGCAAAUUUCCUGAUGGUGUACUUUAACUAUACCACUCCAAUAUCAAGUGCUCUACCAUCAGCUAACCAGCCUUUAUGUUGGUGGUCAGUCCACUUAUAAAUGUUGGGCCUGGUCAGAAUUUUCUGCUGAUUUCUGCUGAUUUGUCUGGGACUGUGCCUGUAUGUAAUAUACCCAAGUUAUGGCAGUAGCGAAGUCAAAACGGGGAGUAGUAAUAAUCAAAGAUUAUAGAGCGGCGAAGGCGCAAGGUGCGGAACUCGGGCUGGAAUGUGAAAUCCCACUGGAUGCCGUUUCAGCAAGUAACUCUUUUGAUACAACAAUAGGUCAGUGCAGAUCAGUGCAGACAAUGACUAUUCCUAUCAAUUGGAAAAAAAAACCAUUUACUUGCUGAAAUGGCACCCACACGUAUUUCAUGUGCCAACAAUGGAUAAAGCUUCAGUUCCACAUCUAUAAUCUUUGUUAAUCUGUGGAGCAUUUCUGCUCAUACACUGUAGAAGAUAUGACAUUUGCCCCUGGCAAAACCUUCUGCAACUAAGAUUUUAAAAGUUAAUUUUGAUUUUUAAAAUUUUUUUAUUCGUUGUACUUUUAUUGUGUUAUUAAUUUAUUUGACAGUUGAAACAAUAUAAUUAUUUUUAUAGCUUAAGCCAUUUUCAUUUUACCGGUUACACAAUUAUUGUGAACAUAUUGGAUAUAAUUUGUGGUUUAGCAAGUAUGGUGCAGAUUGUACAUGUAUAACAACAAUAGUAGCAAGUCCUCUUAAGCCUGUGGUUUUGUACAAUUUUGCAUCUGGGUACCUCCAUGGUACAACCACCCAACCCUAUUGUCCGUUAUUGUUAUAGCAUGGAGGUAGUAAGUCCUGAGUUUGAAUGUGUAUACAUACGCAUACAUGUGUACCAAUCAUGAUGGAUCAGGUUUGUGGGACAUGACCGCAUCAAGCAAGGUUUUCAUGUUUUUGGGGACUGGUAAAUUUGUUAGUAAUGUCCCCUUGGGAUCUGCACUUUUGCCUUGCGAUUGUGAGCGUGUCCGACAAUAGAGUAAGGAUGGUCCAACAAAGGGUCAGAAAGUGUACCCCUGAUUAUGGUAGACAUUGCCUUGAAACUGGAUACCAAGGUAAUGUCCAACAUGUGUAGCUAAGUAAAUGUACUUAGUAGUUUGAUCAGAAACUGAGACUGAAAAGAAGAAAAAUGUUGUCAUCAACUUUAUUGAUUGUCUUGAACCUUGCAAGGAAGCGUGGUAAUUGGAUCAUACAUGUACGUACAUGAUUAGUUUAUGAACUCAAGCACUGAAAGCUGACUUGAGGAUAUGUACAUGUCUUUUAAAUACUUGAAAAUCUAUUUAUUUUGUUUAGUUAAAUUUAUUUGAGACAUUAUUAUGGGUCCAAACUAUAUUAUACAAAUAUAACAUGGUUUGAGGGUGACUAGUCGAUAUUAGCUCCCCGAGGUAUUGGUAGAUGA